AUGGCGACCUUUCAGACGGCUCAGACCCUUUUCACUUCGGUUGACGGUGUGAAGAUUGCGUACCGGCGAUUUGGAAAGCAGAGUGUCUUUCCGUUGUUGUACCUCAACCAUCUACGGGGUUCGAUGGAUACCCUCGACCCUCUUCUUUUCAAUACCAUUGCCAAAAACCGGGAGGUCAUUAUAUAUGACAGUUUCGGUAUUGGCCACAGCGAAGGAACCGUACCUGAGUCCACUUCGGCCAUGUCCUCUAUUGCUGCCAAAUUUCUGGCGGCCAUCGGAGUUGCCCAGGCAGAUGUUAUGGGCUUCUCAAUGGGUGGUGGUGUUGCGCAAAGCCUGGCCUGGGACUACCCCCAGCUGGUCCACAAGCUGGUCCUGGCUGGUACACAAUCCGCCAUUGGGGACGGGGUGGUUCUACCCCCGCGGGAAGUGCUUGAGAGCGCCGGUGCCAAUAACGAUGAACCUCCAACCAUGGAGGACAUGUUUCGCUUGUUCUUCUACCCAUCCGACUCAAGCCUGGCGCUUGGGCAAGCAUGGUGGAAGAGGAUUCAUGAACGACAAGUAGAGGGAGAAGGGCGCAGGGAAUAUCUUGUGGGACAAGGAGCACGAUCACAGCUAACAGCCAUUUUCGCCUUCACUGUCGAUCUCGGCAACUUCGACCGGCUCCAAGAUAUCAAGGCCCCAACAUUGGUUACGAACGGCCACAGCGACAUCAUGUCACCCACUCCAAACAGCUUUAUUCUGCAACAAAGAAUCAAGAACGCCCAACUUAUUAUCUAUCCCGAUUCGGGGCACGGACACCUCUUCCAAGUGCCGGAACUCUACGCACAGCAUCUCGAACUCUUUUUGAGCGGUCCAUAG